CUCCACUCUCUCCUCCACCUUUGUUAUGAUGGUCACUGUACUUCUCUCUGUCUGCGCCAGCAUGGACCUAGACCUCAUCCCGGCGGGCACCAAGGUGAUCGUCCCCGCCACCCUGCCCGGCACCCGCCGCCUCGCAAUGAUCAAAGACGACGACGCGGCAUGGACGUCGCCGUCCUCCCCGACGUCUAUCACGCUCGAGUUUCCCACGCCCGUCACGGCGCGCAGGCUGGCCCUGACGUUCCAGGGCGGCUUCGUGGCGACCUCGAUCGUCAUCUCUGCGGAAGAGGAGCUAGGCAAGGUGUACCCCGAGGACGUGAAUCGGCGGCAGGUGUUUGAUAUUACGCCGACGGAGAUGAGGCGGCUACGGCUUGAGAUGCCGGGGAGCACGGACAACCAGGGCCGCAUUACGGUGUAUCGGGUCGAGCUGCUAGAAUAGACUGCAAGCUUUGCAGGCAGGCGGGGUCAAGGCCUUGGCGAAGGUGGCUCUGCGUCGCUUAUUAGGUGUCUCGCUCAGUUAUCUGAGGCUGGAGACGACCGCAGAUGUCUCACGAUGCGGAUAUACGGGCCUGUCGCCGAGAAUCCACACCUCCUAUUCCGGUCGUCAUUCUGUUGACACAAUACUGACGCUGCCACGAAACUCAUGCAGAAGAGAUGUUGCAUAACUCAUUCCAGUCAGGUAACUGCCUAGGGUUAGUCCAUCUACGAUCUACGACAGCUCUUCCUAUGGUCUAGAUAGGCCGCGUCGCUUAUGUCGACUCAUUCUCCCUCACCUCACCACUCUCCUCCCCUAUGACCUCUUCUAUGAGGCGCGUGCUAUGCUGUUCGUGCUCGAUGUGUUUACGAACUCUAAUUGGUCGCGAGUGAAGAUGCUGUGUGUAUCGCGGACGGCGGGUGGGCAUACAAGCCUUACAGAC